CUUGUCUCUGCUGUCGUGCUUGGAAGGUUUGCUUAAUUUUUUCUUUUUAAACAAUCCUUUACAUAGUUUUACUCCUUGGUGUCUUCGGCAGGAAUCACUGUCAUUACAGCCGAUAGACAUUUAUGAUAUUUCGACAUUAACGACAAUAAAAUAAUGUUUUUGUUCAACUAAAUUCAUGUUUUACUUACAAAAAUCGUUUAGACCAAAAGCAAUAAGAAAAUGUUACUACCAUACUAUGCCACAGCAAUGCAGAAACAUCGGUUGGUUUGCAAGAAUUCCAAGGGCUGAACGAGAUGCAAUUUUCGGUCUAGUAGAGGAUUUCCAAAAGGACACCAGUAAACCAAAAGUCAAUUUAGGCAUUGGUGUUUUCAGAACCGAUGAAGAUAAACCAUAUAUACUGAAAUGUGUUCAAAAAGCUGAAGAAAAAAUUUUAAAAAAACGAAUGGACAAAGAAUAUUCUCCUGUUGCGGGUUUUGAAAUUUUUAAAAAGUUGUCCAUGGAUUUUACUUUUGGAAAAAGCAGUGUGUUCAACAAACCUGGAAGACAUGUAACUUUUCAAGGUUUAUCGGGUUGUGGUGGCUUAUCAAUAGCAGCCCAAUUUUUAAGAAUGUUCUAUCCAGGCCGUAAAAUGGUGUACAUAUCAGAUCCAACAUGGCCGAAUCAUCAAAAUCUGUUUAACAAGCUCGGUCUUAAAACAGACACUUACCGAUAUUAUGAUGCAGAAAAUAUAUCUCUUGAUUUUGAUGGCAUGAUGGAGGACAUUCACAAAAUGCCCUAUAGAUCAAUCAUACUUUUUCACGCUUCAGCCCAUAAUCCUACAGGAUUUGAUCCUACCGAGGAACAAUGGAAGGAAAUUACUGAAGAAGUUAAGAAAAGAAAGUUAUAUGUUAUUAUGGAUAACGCAUAUCAAGGUUUUGCCAGUGGUGAUUUGAACAAAGAUGCUCAAAGUUUCAGAAUAAUGGCUAAACGGCGUGUGAACAUGGUGUUAGUAACAAGUUACGCCAAAAAUUUUGGACUGUAUGGUGAACGAGUAGGGGCUACAUCUUUUCUAGUGGAUUCCAAACACGAAGCUGAUAAAAUACUAUCCCAACUUAUACUUCUAAUAAGAGCUAACCAUUCCAAUCCCCCACUUCAUGGAGCCAGAAUUGUAGAAGAAGUAUUUACAGAUCCCUGUUUAACCAAGCUUUGGAUAGAAGAACUUAAAAUAAUGGCCAACAGACUAAAAUCCGCUAGAAAACAAUUAUUGCAAAAAUUAAAAGAAACUGGCAGUAGUAGAAAUUGGGAUUUUAUUACUAAACAAAUUGGAAUGUUUUCUUAUACUGGUCUCACUAAGGAGCAAAUAAUAAGACUUCAAAAGGAAUUCCACAUUUAUAUGCUAACUAGUGGAAGGCUCGCUAUUCCUGGAAUAACUAGUAAAAAUGUAGAGUAUGUUGCUAAAUGUAUACAUAAAGUUACGUCUUAAAAAUUUUAAAUUUUUAUAAGAAUUAAAUAUAUUGUGUUCCUGUCUCACAGU